AUGCCUAUCAUAACCGUUGGUAAAGAAACUAACUUAUGGCAAGACAUAUGUUCCGAAUUUGCCACUAAACGUGCACAAGCUGAAACAGGUGCUAUAUCGACAUCGUUUUUGAAUUUCGAAAAAAAAUAUCCUGACAAUAGUGAAAUAAAAAAACCAUUAACAGAUAAACAAAUAUAUGAUCCAUCGAAACAUUCACCUGUUUUUUGUAAUUAUUCAUAUAAUCAUGUUACAAUUGAUGAUAUAACACAAAUUCAAAUCGAUACACGCAUAUCUCAUCCAGCUUGUAUUAAUUAUGCCUUGAUACCUAUAGACCAUAUUCAACGAGAAUUAACAAGAUCGACAACUCUUGUUCAUCGUCCAAUAACACCUAUAAAAAAAGGUCCAAAAGAACUGUCAACUAUUGAAUAUCUUGAAAAAUUUGUAUAUCCAAUAUUAUUAAAAGGUAUUGAACAAUUAUUAAUUGAAGCCGAAAAACGAAAAUGUCUAGAACGUAAACGUAGUGCUUUUAAUGCCCUUGAUUAUUUAACACGUUAUUUAUUCUAUAAAAAUCCUUUACGAAUUAAUUUAUCUGAAGAAAAAAAUCAACAAUUAUCUGAUAUUGAUCAAUCAUUAGAAAAUAUUCCAUUUGUUCAUACGCAUUUUGAACAACAUCCACGUGCUCCAUUACCUAAAUCACUUUUAUGGAGCGAAGAAGAAGCUGCGUUAAUAAUUCAAUCAUUUUAUCGUGGCUAUCGUAUACGAAAACAACCUGACGUACAAGAACUACGACAAUGGCAACGUGAAUGGCGUGAUGCAAAUAGAAAUAUUCAUGAUGUUGUAGAAGAUUUUUGGCGACAACAUACAUCAUCACCACCUGUUUAG